CUAUACUACGUGCCACACAUCCAUUACAUGAUUGAAUGGGAGAAACAAGGAAUCUGCUUAGCCCUUAUGACUGGGCAACUUUGAGGGCGGAAGUGACGUCCUGCUCACUGCAAACAUGGCGACUUCCAUGCUGAGACUUGGUAGAUCUCUGGUGCGAAAAGUUAUAGGCGACGUGACGGGCAGAAUCCAGAUUGGCAUAAACAAACACCAAUCUACCCAGGCAGCCACACAAGCAAUACUGAAUGUUCCAGAGACUAAGGUUACCACAUUAGAAAAUGGGCUUCGAGUUGCCUCUGAAGAUUCUGGAAUUUCUACCUGUACAGUUGGUCUUUGGAUUGAUGCUGGAAGCAGAUAUGAGAAUCAGAUGAAUAAUGGGACUGCCCACUUUCUGGAGCACAUGGCAUUUAAGGGUACAAAGAAGCGUUCCCAACUGGACCUGGAGCUUGAAAUAGAAAACAUGGGUGCACACUUGAAUGCAUACACAUCAAGAGAACAGACUGUGUAUUAUGCAAAGGCAUUUUCCAAAGAUCUCCCUAGAGCUGUGGAGAUCCUUGCAGACAUUAUACAGAACAGCACCUUGGGAGAAGCAGAGAUUGAACGUGAAAGGGGAGUCAUCCUACGUGAGAUGCAAGAAGUAGAGACUAAUCUACAAGAAGUGGUCUUUGAUUACCUACAUGCUACUGCCUAUCACAAUACUGCUCUGGGAAGAACUAUCCUGGGACCUACUGAAAACAUUAAAUCAAUAAACCGAAAUGACUUGGUUGAAUAUAUAACAACACACUAUAAAGGACCUAGGAUUGUUUUGGCUGCUGCUGGUGGCAUCGCGCAUGAAGAGCUGCACGAUUUAGCCAAGUAUCAUUUUGGUAACCUGCCACCAACAUAUGAAGGAGAGACUCUACCGCCAUGCUCAUUCACUGGUAGUGAGAUUCGUGUACAUGAUGACAAAAUGCCACUUGCUCAUAUUGCCAUUUCUGUUGAGGCCGUGGGCUGGUCACAUCCAGAUACAAUUCCACUCAUGGUAGCCAACACAUUGAUUGGCAACUGGGAUCGAUCCUUUGGAGGUGGUGUGAAUUUGUCCAGUAAACUUGCUCAGAUUACAUGUCAUGGGAAUUUGUGCCACAGCUUCCAAUCCUUCAAUACCUGUUAUACGGACACUGGACUCUGGGGUCUGUACAUGGUUUGUGAGCCAAAUACAGUGGAAGAAAUGAUGCAUUUUGUACAAAAAGAAUGGAUUAGACUUUGCACAAGUGUUACAGAAGGUGAAGUUGCAAGAGCAAAAAACCUGCUGAAAACCAAUAUGCUGCUUCAAUUGGAUGGUUCAACCCCUAUCUGUGAAGACAUUGGCCGGCAAAUGUUGUGUUAUAACCGAAGAAUACCUUUGCCUGAACUGGAGGCAAGAAUUGAUUUAAUAGAUGCUCAGACCAUAAGAGAUGUGUGCACCAAAUACAUUUAUAACAAGAGUCCAGCAGUAGCCGCAGUUGGGCCCAUUGGACAGCUUCCGGAAUAUGAAAAGAUCCACAGUGGCAUGAACUGGCUUAGAAAGUGAUCAAAGCCAUUCCAGUAACAGAUAUAUAUUUUAAAAUCUCAUGUGAUUUUUUUUUUUGGAGCUUUUUGUAACUUAAGAGUUUUGUCUUUAAUUUAUGAGCCUUGUAGGUCUCAGUUAACUCUUGCAAGUUGACCACUUAGUAUUUCCUAUAAAAUAUUGGAGAAUUCAUGGACAUA